GCGCAACCAGUGUUUUUGCCUCUAUUUCAUUUCGUUGCCGCUUAUUCCUCCUCACAGUUCGUCCCAUUGUACUCUCAAAUCAACACCACUUUCUCAAAAUGGUGAAGCGUUUACCAUCGACGUCCAGGGUUUCCGAAUCGCCCGUAGUCCGCCGCACGAAGGAAGCCGCCUCCGACGCCGUCUUCGUCGCAAAGAAGCUUCUCCGCAGCACCGGCAAGGCAGCAUGGAUCGCCGGAACCAGUUUCCUCAUCCUCGUUGUCCCUCUCAUCGUUGCCAUGGACCGUGAGCAGCAGAUCAAUGAACUCGAAUCGCAACAGGCUAACAUCCUUGGAACUCCCUCUUCUCAUUCCCUUCCCCUUACUAACUAAAACCCUCGCCAUUUUUAGGUUUUAGUUUUUUUUUUUGGAUUUUUGACAUUUGAUAAAUGGAUUUGGUGUUCUUGUUACUAUGGAUUUGUAAAUUUACAUGACGCUCAAUUGCGUGUUUGAUGAUAUGAUAUUGUUUGUUGGUGA